ACUGUCUUCCAAGUGGCAGCUCGUGAUUGGUUGAGGCGCUGAACUCCACCCAACACUUGCUGUGAGCCAAUGAAAUGCCUCCACGAAUGAAGUGAAAAACACUUUAUAUUUAAGACUCGGAUUGUGUCUCGACUUCACUCGCGUUCAGACCAUUCAGACAGAGAGUGAGAACCAAAUCAACUCAUAAUUAGCGAUGAUUUGCAAAUUGGUGUCAGUGUUGGCCGUCGUGUUAGCCGUCGGCCACUUGUCUUACGCUAAGAUCUACUUCAGAGAGGACUUCUCGGACGCCGAUUGGAGCAAACGGUGGAUCCAAUCGCAACACUCGGGCAAAGAGUACGGCGACUUCAAGUGGACGGCCGGCAAGUUCUACGGCAACGAAGACAAAGACAAAGGCAUUCAAACCACAACCGACGCCCGAUUCUAUGCCAUUUCGGCCAAAUUCGAGGACAACGCCUACACCAACGACGGCAAGGAUCUGGUCAUCCAGUUCUCCGUCAAACACGAGCAGAACAUCGACUGCGGCGGCGGUUAUGUGAAAGUGUUUGACUGCAGUCUCGACCAGACCUCACUUCACGGCGAGUCUCCGUAUCUGAUUAUGUUUGGACCCGACAUCUGCGGUCCCGGCACUAAGAAGGUUCACGUGAUCUUCAACUAUAAGGGCAAAAACCUGUUGACCACUAAAGAGAUCCGAUGCAAAGACGAUGUUUUCACACACAUCUAUCGAUUGGUUGUAAAGCCCGACAACACAUACAAAGUGCUGAUCGACGGCGAAGUGGUAGAGAAGGGAGAGCUGGAGAAGGACUGGGCAUUCCUGGAGCCCAAGAAGAUCAAAGAUCCCGAGGCCAAGAAACCCGAGGACUGGGACGACAGGGCGAAGAUUGACGACGAGUCGGACACUAAGCCCGAGGACUGGGAACAGCCCGAGUAUAUCGCGGAUCCGGACGCCACUAAACCCGAGGAUUGGGACGACGAGAUGGACGGCGAGUGGGAGCCGCCGCAGAUCAAUAACCCGGCCUAUAAGGGCGAGUGGAAACCCAAACAGAUCGACAAUCCCGCCUAUAAGGGCCCGUGGGUUCACCCGGAGGUCGAUAACCCCGCGUAUGUCGCAGACACUAACCUCUACCUCCAAAAGGACGUGUGCGCCGUCGGCUUCGACUUAUGGCAAGUGAAGGCCGGAACCAUUUUCGACAACGUGUUGAUUACUGAUAGCGAACAAGAGGCCGAUGAGAUCCAGGACGAGAUCCUCAACUCCACAGUGAAAGACGAGAAGAUAAUGAAAGACAAGUUGGAUGAGGAGGAGAAGAAGGCCACCGAAUCUGAGAAGAAGACAGACGACAAGGAGGACGACGACAAGGAAGAAGAGACCAAAGAGGAAGAAGAGGACGAACACGAACACGAAGAGCUAUAA